AUUAUUUUAUUAGAAAGACAAAGAUUGGAUUACAGCAAUACAUUCCCGACAACUUUCUUGCAUAUUUAUGUCCUGAUAGCACAAACCCGCAAGAGAAAGAAACUCUUGUAAAAGAAUUUAUGGAAUACUGCUCAACUCAAGAAAAUUUCUCAUUCAUGGAUGCGUAUAGAGAAUCACAAAUUGCAACCCCUACAAAAAGUAAUGAGGAUCCGUUGAAUUCACGUUCAAAUAAAGUUGAAAUAAUCAGCGUAGUUGAAUUUAAGGUACCUGCCCCAAAAAUUCUUAAAAGUGCUUCCGAGCAGGACAAGCAGAAAAAUUCAAAGGUAGACGUUGCUAAAGAAUCUGUUUUAAAUAAAAUGCCGAUCUGUUCAAGAAGUUCGUCGGAAAACAGCAAAAGAAACGAACACCUAUUGUCAUUAACUUCAGAGAAAAACUCAACGACUAACAAUCUCGAACUACAAUCAGUCCAGAAAUCAGAAAAACAAAUAAUCCUAGAGAAAGCAAAGGAAUUAUUUUUUUCUGAAAGUAGUCCGGAACACAAUCUGAAGUAUUUGAUCCACACCAGCCAGGGCCUCAAAAGAACCAUUUGGCGCAUUCUCCACCAACUAUCUUUUAAAGAAUUCUCUGACUAUACGAAUAUCCACGAUGGGGAAAGCUUGUAUGAAAGCGAAGACGAUUUAAAACUUUGCUUUCAGCACGUCGUAAACCAUGGUAACUGGCCAAUAAACUUGUGUGUCCGAUUACCAUAUUUGAAGAUGCUGCUCGAAAGCAAAGGAGUUCAGCUGCAAAAUGUGGAACUGGACGAAUUGUCGCCGAAAAUAGUGAAUCCUUGGGAACUAGGAUCCUAUACGGAUUUCGAUAAAAUCGUUGAACAGGAAUACACCCAACGUACCGGUCAGAUAUUAGACGAUAUUGUGCUUUUAUGCCUAGAGAGGCAGAAACUAUAUACCACUUGUUGGACACACGAUAGGUGGAUACCCCAAGUACCAAAGGUCUCGGAUGAGAUACAAAACCCUGAAAUCCAAGGAGUGGAGCUAAUGCCUAUUUUAAAUUCGUCGGAAAAUAUCUGUCCAGAAAGCGGGAAUACUGCAACAAACAUCCCUACCAUCACCGUUUAUCAAGAACCUAAUGGUCCGCCCACUGAGGCUAAUGUAUCCACUUUUAUCAAUGUGGCAGAAGUGAGCCAAGCUUCUCAUUUGACACAAAUUGCAGUUGAUCCACUAGUGUCAUCACAAGAGCCACCUUCCGUAAAUGUGGAGACAAUUAUGCAGGAACCCAUCGAACUUCUUUGCCACGCAAUUGACAAGAGAGAACCAAUUACUUUGAACGAGCAAGAUAAACAUAUUGAUGCUACUCAAAACAAGGGAUCCCGUAUUGAGAACCAGUUGAUCCCAGAAUUGGAUACCAAUGUAAUCCCAAGUACGUCAGCUACUCAAAGUCAUGUUAUUGUGGGAAAGCGCCAAAAAACCAGCAGCGCAGAACCGAACAAACGAAUAAAACUGGUAAACGAAAAGGUGCCGCAGGUGAGGCACGAGUUCCGGAAGCUGCCUCUGAAUGCGGUGGUGCCUAAAGAGUCGGAAGGCGCUGAACGUUGUAAUCCUUCCGACAAUACUACACCUCAGCCAGCAGUCCCCAAUAUCACUUCCCCGGAGAAAAUUGAUGCCGGCAACACACUCCAGGAAUCCUCUCAGCUUAACGCUCUUGUAAAUUCCACAAACAUCACCGUUCGCAAGAAGAAGUAACGAUCUUACAUUGUGAUUACCUGUGUUAUUAGUUAAAUUAUAAAAAAAAAAGAUUAAAAUUUUUGGUAGGCUAUUGAAUACGGAUAAGUAUAACUAAUUGGUUAAUUCAACAAAACAAUAAUGUUAAAGUAUUUAUGAAUAUGUUAAUAAAUAAUUGUUUGUUUCCUGAA